UGUGCGGGUAUUUAAAAUGAAAACUUGAGAACUAAUAACAAGUUCAAUUUAGGAAUUGAUUCCACAACAUCAUGGUAAAGAUACUGCAGGCCUACAACUUUGCCAGGCAACAGACUUAUGCCCUGAAUGGCGAGAUAUUGGCGGCCACAUUGAUAGGCAACAAUCGGAUUGCCAUUAGCAGUGCUGAGCAAUUUAUUGAGAUCUAUGAUCUAGGUGGAAAGCAGCAGAACUCGCCUCAUCUGGACAAGGAUGCAGAGGACCAGCAUCAGCAUGGGGAGCCAACUACAACUGAUGGCGAUCCCAAUGGAAUUGGUGGUGGUGGUGGUGGAAAUGAUGAAAGGAUGCCCGUUAGGCAUACCUUGGCCACAGUGGGUGAGGUAGUUCAAUUGAUCUACUGUGAGUCAGGCAAAUAUCUUCUCACAUUGGAAAAGGAACAGGCUGGAAGUCCAGUGCAUUCAUCAUCGACAAUUAGCUGCACUUCAAGCAGCAAUAGCAAUACAGUUUGCUCCGAGGAUGACACUAAAAUGUUUGUACGAAUCUAUGCAAAUUUCUGGAAAUUCGCCGAUAGUCGUCUCAAUGAGCUGCCCAUUACCAUAAGGAUAGCAUCAAUGACAACACCAAAGACACCGCUAAUCGAGAGCAUCGAUGUGAUUGAGUUGCCACUGCGAAGUCCCCCAGAAUUGGUGCAGUGUUGUCAGACAUCGGGCAAUAUCAUAGUGAGCAGCAGGGAUAGAAUCUUUUUGUAUGAAUAUACCCAAUGUGUCCAUGAGAAUACCCAACCGAGGUUCGCUUUCAUCGAUUUUCUGCCUUUUAAGUUCUUUGUCCAAUUGAAUUUCGUGCCCAUACGUCUGUGUUUGGCGGAGAAUGUGAUAGCCUGUCUGAGUCAUCGUUAUUGUGUAGCCUUUAAGGUGAUAGAUGCCCUGGCCUCCAAAAUGAGAGAUGAAAGCUGCUUGGACAAUGAUUAUGUUGGAGGUGUUGGUGAUGAACCCCUCUCGGAAUCUUUGAGUUUGGCCAGCAAGGCAAGUGGUCCCACAAGUGGGGGUCCCCUUGGAGCUGGCGGUGGUGGCGGCAUAUUGAGCUCUACUCAUAGUCAACAGAGUUGUGACAGUGAUUCCCUGCAAUCGAGCACUCCCAAGUCACUAAAUGGUGUCGGCGGAGGCGCUUUGGCUGGACGAUCUCCCUUGGAUUUCAAUGUGGCCAAGCUGGUUAACAGUGCCUAUGGUCGAGAAUUCGAGCCGGAUUUGCGUUCUCAGUGGGAUCAGAGUGAGAAUAAAUCGAGUGAGGAUAAUCAGGAUAUCAUCAUUAGCCCUCAGAGAGCUGGUGAAAUAAAAAUCAAGCUAGUCAACGAGGCCAAGGCCAUGAAUGUGCGUGGCAUAGCCGGAUCCAAUCAUCUGGAAGAUGCCUCUGUGCAAUAUGAUAUCCGAAAACUGCUACAGAUAUGCAUGAAAACAUCGGAGCCACAAUCUCGCGUCCUGGACAUAUUGCGCUGCAUGGAUCUGAGGGCAAUUUAUCAGAGAUCAAGUCAGUCAGAGGAUCAAGAGGAAGAUGAAUAUGAUAUGGGUAAUCAGCAGAUUCCAAGUGCUGUGACCACAUUCAAGCAUGUGAAUCGACGAACUUUGAAAUCGUCGCAACAUCAACGUUGUAUUGGCCACUGCUUGCUCCUGGCUAGCAGUGUGGAUGGUUAUCUGUAUCAGUUCUCGGCCCAGGGCAAAUGGUAUAGUGAGAACGAGAAGCCCAUUGCCAGUUAUAGCUUUACAGCACCUGUCCUUCAGGUGCACAUUAAUGACUAUGUGAUCUAUGCUGUGACCUCGGAAUCGGUAGAAACUCAUACCUCUCGCCUGGGUCAUAAGCUGUUCCACAAUCGUUUCGAAUAUCCAUCGAUUGGUGGCAUUUUCCCUGAGGAAUCUGCUCCAGAGAUUAGUUCGCCCAUUGCAGUCAUUGGGCUGGCUGCUUUUAUGCAUGUUCAAUUUGUCUGUGUGAAUCGAGAGCAAUUGGUUCUAAUUACAAAUGCAGCUCUGGAUCUGCACAAGCGUCGGAGUAUGGGUGAAGUGGCAUCCUCGGCAUCAACGACGACUGUUGCUACGACGACAAAAAAGAAUAUAGCCGCACGACUUUUGGCUGAAGCUAAGGCAAAGCAUAGCAGUCUGCUGAGAAGUUCAAGUGCUGCUCAAUCCUCGAAUGUCGUAAACGAAUGGACUUUGUAUAAUCUAGAAGUGCCGCGAGUGGAGUAUAUAAUAGAAGAUCUCGAAGGUAUAGCCGAAUCCUAUCGUAGUGCGAGUAGUUCAAAUUUCUAUGAUCUCAUGGAGGAGGCCCAUGUCAUGCUGAGGUUAAGCUUGACCCUACAAUGCGAAAGAUUGGGCAUGGAAAGGGAGCAGGAGCUACGUAAGAUGUUCAUGGCCAAUUGCCGAAAAUUGGCCGAUUUCUCCAUACGUUCUACCAAACAGGAUGUUUAUCUACAGGCCACAGGUUUCUAUAAAAUGUGCCAGCUUCAAUUGGUGGAUAUCUAUAAGAAUUAUAUUGAUCAGUUUAUGAUCUAUAAAAUGGAGGAGGUGGAGCAGCGGGACGAUAAAGAAUCUCCUGUCCUAACUGGCCUCAUCUAUACAGUGAAACUAUUUCUACUUGGCCUGGGAACAGAUCGCUUGAAAUCAUCGUUUCUUCAUCAGACAGUUCAACCGUUUUUCACACCAGCUCGUGUCCUGCAGCAGGGCUACAAGCAGGUUCCGCUUUCACUCGAAUUCCUCAACAUGUUCAUCAAACAUGCGCCCGGAGAUAUUCCACAGAUAAUGUUAAGCUCUCCCGUUGUGGCUGAUGCAAUGAGCGGCGAAUUGAUUAACUAUUUGAAAUACCUGAACAAGUUAUCGCCGGAUGAGUCACUUUUAUUGGCUGUUACAGCCUGCCGCAUGUCCAACUAUUUGCUGGCCCAAGAAGUGAUAGCCAAAUCGACGCGUCGUACUCUAGCCACAGCUUUGAUACGACACAAGAAUGUCCUCUUCGACGACAGCACUGUGAUUUAUCAGAGACGUCAGCAGGAAGCCGCAAGGACUACAGGAGUUGGCAGUAUUGGUAGUCAACGAGGUGGAGUCGGUGGGAAACGAACUCAUCGAAGAAAUCAUCAAGCAAAAACUAAACCAUUGACUCCGACAAACUCUUCUUCUGCAAAUGCCAUUGUUUCCUUUUCCGAUUUCUGUGAGACAAUCCUGUUGGCCAAUGAGCAACCCGCUCUAAUUGAGGCCAUUAGCGAUGCCUUCAUUCAUGCCCUGUGCAUUGAGCACACUCUGCGUCUGGAUGUUAUACUUCAGCUAUUCCUAAACUAUAUAGCCUCGCAUAUAGGACAAAAGGGUUAUCAGACCUCACAAAAAGUGUUUGUGAACAUCCUGCAAGUCUAUUAUUAUGAUCUCUUCGAUGUUAGUGCCUCCCAGCAGACGCAUGACAUCCGCUCACAGACACCCCCACAAUUGGAUGAUGAUUACGAUGAGGAAUGCAGCAGCUCGAGAGCUCCAUCGCUGCACAGUGAAGCCGAUAAUCAUUCGCUCUCCAGUUCGUGCGAGGAUCGAUCUUUAAGUCUAUCACUGAAUGGUAGCAGGCAUCAGCAGAGAAUUGUCUAUGAUCAAUUGCAGGAGCAUCAAUCGCUAUCGCCAUUCCAGAAACGUAAUUCAAAUGCCUCGCUAACGCAUCCACAAACCGAUGACGAUCAGAUGGCAAUCAAUCUCAAGGGUUUAAAGAUCCUUUUUCGCAUGUAUAUGGGGCGAUUGAAAUGUCUGUCUGAUCUCAUUACCGAUCUACAAUCCGCGGAUAUCGAACAACAAUCGAGUCGGGAGGAAUUUCUUAAUUUGCGCAUGGAAUGCAUAUCCUAUAUGGUGGGAAUGGCUCCUAACUACUGUCCCAAGCCGAAUCAUUUGAGAUUGAAUGAUCCCAUGUCAACGAGUAAGCUAAUCUAUGUGCCCUAUAUACCUGAUUACAAGUUAACCGAUGAGGGCGACGAAUACGAUAGACACAUUAAAUCGUACAUUCGACCCAUUCCAUGCCUUUUGGAGCGUCCGCAGUACUUGAAUCGUUUGCCACCGUUUGAGCGGGCUGAUUUUAGUUAUCCAAACAAGGAUGAGGGUGAAUUUGAAGUCCGUUUCGUUAGUUGGCACAACGAACUACUCACACUGACGUUAAAGAUUCAAUCUCUCUUGGCAUCGAGUAAGGUGGAUCGUGAAAUUAUAUCCGAAUUCCUGGCAUUCAUACAAAAGACACCAAAUCUAAUGGGCAUUGAUAGUUUCCUGGUUAUCAUUUUACCCAAAAAUUUGGCCAUUAACUAUAUGAUGAGCUUUUGUCCAGCCUAUCUAUGGCAAUAUGGAAAGUCCUGUGGCUUUACACCUAAACAUUGGGAGAGUUUGCUAAGGAAGAUUCUCAGCAAGCAAGAAACACUAACGAAUUGGAAAGCUCAUUUGACUGAAAUUCUUAAUCAUUUGGUGGCGGAAUUAAGUUUUGAAGAGCUUUUACAAUGUUUCCCCAGCGAAGUGAUCACAAAUCGUAAUACAGCGCAAUAUUUUGCCAAGGAAUUUGCUGAAACUUGUGUCCUUUAUGAACAUGAAGAGUUGGUAUUCAAGGGUCCCAACAAAGAGGGAGGGGAAAGACAACAUUUACCCAUGGAUAAUAUUGAUGAGGAGAAUGUAUUUGAAUUGACGCUACGCAAAGCUGUGGCCAAGCAGCGAAGUAUCGCACUAAGAUCAAUGAUCGAGUCAACUGGCACUCAGUUAUUCGAUGCAACUAGUAAUCCCAUGUAUAAUCUCUAAUCUCUAUCCCACACACACGUACAGAUACAGACACAAACUAAAUUAUCACGUAUUGCAAUUUGAUAAGAUUGAUUCCAUAUAUAUAUUUUAGAGUUGUUUGUAAACCUUUAUAUAUAUAAUAUGAAUAUAUAUAAAUACAUAUAUAUCUGUAGUUAAGAGUAGAUACACAAAA